AUGCAUGAUUGCAAAGGAGUGCAAACCCCAUUUGCUAAAGGUACAGUGUUGGAAAAAUGCUGUAUUGAAAACUGCAUAGGUGGAGAUAUUAAAAAAUAUCAAUCACUAAUUGAGAACUUGAAUUAUGUGGCCGUAGUGUCAAGACCAGAUAUUGCUCAUGCAGUGUCUAAAUUGGCGCAGUUCAGUACACAUCCCCACCAAGAGCACUUUAUAGCAGCAAAACGAGUAUUCAGAUAUCUGCGAGCAAAUCCUAAGGGUAUGUUAACUUAUAAACCUAAUAGUCAGGGAUUAGUUUGUUUUUCAGAUGCCGAUUGGGCUGCAGAUAGUACUGAUCGUCGUUCCUAUAGUGGGUUUGCAGUUCUAAUAGAUGAAAACCUCAUCGCAUGGGAAUCAAGAAAACAAAGUGUGGUAGCACCAUUAGCACCAUGGAGGCAGAAUAUAUAG